AUGGCGCCUCAUCCCCCGUCUGGCUGCUCCAAAUCUGCGGCGGCAGCGCUGAGGCAUCUGCACGGCGUGGAAAAACAGCUUCAGAAUGAAGGACUGCUAUUCAACAAAGAAACUGUACAGCACCUUGAAGAUGCUGUCAAAGCUAUUAAAAAAUUGGAAGAGGAAAGAAAACUUAUAAUUGAACUGUUGGAAGAAGAGACCAUAAAAAACUGUAAUCUCCGUAUCAGAAUCAAGGGAUUCCCAGCAAUUGUUAUGAAAGAAUUUGAAGAACUUGUGGCUGCUGCUCAUCGAUUUCAUCUUAGCAAGUUAAGUGAAGUAGAAGCUUCUAUGAAUGAAACUAUUGGUGCAGUACAACAGGUGUAUGCAAAGCAGAUGCUGUCUGAAGAACAAAACGAAACACUGUGUCAGGAGCAAGGUCAGAUAUGGGAGAAAUACGAUGAAGUUGUCCAACUAGUAAACCAGCAAAUGGAUGCAAAACAUUCUGUCAACAUUAAAAUUAAUGAAUUUCAUAACCUGACAAAAAAAGAGGAGGAAGAAACUGUUGCGGAAGAGAUUGCCAUUGAAGAACUACAGAAACUAAUGGCUAGCGAAGCCCUUCAGUUUAAAGAAAAGAAAGCAUUGUUAAAGUUGCAGAUUGAAGAACUUCAGAAAAAACUUAAGAUGAAGAAAUAUGAGGUUGCAGAAAAGGAGAAGGAGUUUGGAGAUCUGCUUAAAGUGCUACAUAGUCUACAGGAGGAAGUUGCACGAUAUAAUCAGAUGGUUACUGAUUUGAGAGAGGAGUUAAAACAAAUGUUAACAUCCAUCAAAGAACUAAUAAAAGAGUUUGAGAAGAAAAAGGCUGAGAAAGAGGAGAUUAUGAAAAAAAAGUGCUAUAUGCAGGACAAUGUAGUUUCAACAGAUGCAGACUUUGAUGAAGAAAGAAAAGAUUUGCUACAGCAGCUAGAGGAGGCUGACCAGAAACUGCAAGCACUUCAGGAAGCCUAUCAGAAACUCAAAGAUGAAAAUGAUCUUCUUAAUACGCAAUAUCAAAUGUUAACAAAUGAAGAAAACCAUUUUUGUGCUGAAAGAGACAGGCUUAUAGCAGAAUUUGAAAAGUUAUCCAAUAUGCUCACAGAAAAGCUUGACUAUAUGUCAAAACGUGUAACAGAGACAAAAAAUGUACAGGAUGAGCUGGACCAAAUGCAGGAUAUAUACAACUGUACACAUGAUAACUAUGCAAGAGAGAUGGCAAUUUUAGAGGUAUCGUUAAAGAAAGAAAGUGAUAAAAGAGAACAGUUUCAGAUCCAACUUGGCAAAAUUACAACCGUGUAUCAGACUUUUCUGGGAGCCCAUGAAGAAUUUCUGAGCGAGUCAAAGCAAAAGAUUGAAGCUGCAAAAAACUUAUUUAACAAGUUAAGACAGGAGAAUGAAUAUUUCAGUAAACAAAUAAAGAAGGCUAGUGAGAAAGUGAAACACCUCAUUGCCAAGCUGCUUAAAAAAGAAGCCCACUAUAAGAAACAUGAUGCUGACUUAACAGAAGAACUUGAAGAACUUGAGGAAGAAUACAAUUCUAAAACAAACUCUAUAGAAGAAUUGGAAGAAAAACUACAAGAAAAUAUUCCCCUCUCAGAAGAACUACGAAAAGAAUUAGCAGAAAUAAGCACCAACUAUGCAAAAAAAAAGGAAAUAUAUAAUGAAUUACGAGAAGAAGAAUGCACACUUAAAAUGGGCAUAGAGCAUUCAUUAAAGGAAAUUAAGAGACUUGAAAGGCAAAAGAUGUCUGCAAAGACUGAACUCAAGAAAAACCGAGAUACAGCAUUUGAGCAACUGAGAAGUUUUACAUACUCUGUAAAGUUUAUUGAGAGAGACAACUAUGAAGUGGACAGAAUGCUCUUUAUUUUGAAUGCAGAAAAUGCCCGGUUAAGAGCAGGCAUUGCAUAUCUCAAAGAAGAUAUUUCCACAAUAGCCAAUGAGGCAAAGCUCUAUCAGUCAAAGAGACAACAAAUCCAGCUGGAUAAAAAAGUUCUUUAUGAACUGUUCAUCCAGAAAUGGAUAAAGGAUGGACAUCUACAAAAGAUGUUUUUUAAGUACCAGCAUGAACUACUGGUUAUUCUGGAAGAAUAUAUCAGAAGAAAUAGAAAGAGAAAUGUUAAGCUUGACUAUGUUCAUGAAGGGCUACAGCUAAACUAUGAGAAUAUGGAGUCUCUGUUAAAAAGCAAAUCUGUGCCGGAUGCUGACAAAGACAAAACAGACUACAAGGCCAACUGAAGCUAGAAUACUGAAACUUUUAUUCUUCUAUGAAUACAGAUUCGAAGAUGUGAGAAAAU